CGACUCCCAGACGCUUCCCCGAUUCAGUUAGGUCACGACAGGCGAAGCAAACGGACGUGCUGCGCUCUGGUCCGUGAGCUUUUAUUAUUAUAUCUCACUAAGCUUUGAGUUUAUCAAAGCUUCUGUUAUCCGACCAUCUUGUGACCUACGAGGAGUGAAGUGAGAGUGACCAUCGACCGCGGCCCGUGAUUCUGUAUCCAACACUGAAAAGAGAGGAAGAAAAAGUGAAAUUUCUAAACAAAAAUAUUAAUUGUUUAUGAUCUGGUGAUAAUUAUUUUUUCUGGUGGAGUUAUUGUUUAUAUUUUUUUUUUUUUAUAAUUAAGCCAUCGCAAACCAAAGAUUUAGUAUUUAUCUGUGUAUCCAGUCAACAAGUGGAGGAACUCUCUCGUCGCGCAAAGUAAACUUCAGAAAUUCACCGAUUACCAAAAAAAAAAAAAGAUAAUAAUAGAUUAUUAUUAUAAUUAUUAUAAUUAAUCAUUAUUAUUUAAAAGAAGAAGGAAAUAAAAAAAAAAAUCAAUAAAUUGAUUUCGAAAAAUAUUUCCUCCAACCUCAUACCGAGGACUUAUUCUUAAUGGCAGUGUUGUGAACGGAUUUCGUAAGGAUACACCGGACAGCGGAUUAAUUUUCUUCACACACCGGACAUCCAAGGAAAUUUGCGCACAUGGACCCCUCAAGCGGCGCCGGCAUGGACCUGGAGCUGUUCGAGGCUCUGCUGGCCAACAUGCAGCAGAACCUGCCCCAGGGUGCCUACGAUGAGCUCGACGACGACGACGACGAUGACGAUUACGAUGAGGAUGAUGAUGAGGACGACGACGAGGACUACGAGUACGGCGGCCAUGAGCACAACAUUCACACGAUGAGCAACCCCUACGGCGGGGGCGAGGGCGGCGUGGGCGGCGGCGAGAUGGGCGGCGGAGACAUGUGCGGCGUCUCGCUGCCCACCAUGCAGACCAUGAGCAUCCUGCAGGGCCUGCUCAACAUGAACCCGGCUGCCCUGCCCGGCGGUGCGCCGGACAUGGGCGGGGCCAUGAGCAGCCCCAUGAGCGCCGGCAUGCCCGGCAUGGGAGCCCCCAUGGACGGCGGCGCCGGCAGCUUCCUCUCCAACAUGCCCUCCUUCCUGCCCUCCAUGAAUCCCGACAUGGCGGGCGCCCUCGCUGGGGCCUUCGCGGGCGGCAUGGGUGCCCUCAUGGACAGCUUCGCCGGCGCGGGCGGCGGAGCGCAAGUGCACGACUAUGAUGAGGACGAUGAAAUUCUUUCUGAUGAAGACGACGAGGAGGACGACGAUGACGAUGACGACAUCGAUGAGCGAGGACACGGCGGCAUGGGGACAGUCGCCGCCGCGGCCGCGGGCGUAGCAGCCGUGGGCGCCGUGGGCGGCAUGAUGACCUCGGGCCUCUUAGGCACCCCUCACCCUUCUGCUGGUCCCGCCCACCCUGUUGGGCCAGGCCACCCAGUUGGGCCAGGCCACCCCGCCUUGGCCGCCCACGUCCCUAUGCCCGGCCAUCCCAUGUCCGCGCAUGGGGGCCAUCCCCAGCACCCAGGGCACAUGCCCAUGUCCGCACACGGGCCCCCAGUGGGCUUCACCCACCCUGGUUUUAACCCCACAGACAUUCUGAGUGCGCCGCCCUCGUCCGCGCCGGUGACGCCCCACAGCAUGCCGUCCCACGCCGCGUCGCCCAUGCACCACACCAGCAUGGCGUCCAGCAUGAGCGGCGGUUCCGUCAGAAGCGUUGACCCACUGGCCGGAGUGGCCAUAGGCGCGGCCGGCGUGGCGGCGGGCGCGGGCAUCCUGGCGCCCGUGGUGAGCAGCCUCCUCUCCGCCGCGGGAGGCAAGUCGCUGCAGAAGCUGGACAACUCCGACGCCUCGAGCACGACCAUGGUUGGCGACGACUCGCUGAACAGCUCGAGCAAGACGUUGGCGGCGCAGGAGCGGCCGGCGUCCGCCCCGAGCGCCGUGGCCGCCAUCACGAAGGCGCUGGAGAAGACGCACAUCACGCCGCCGUCCCCCUCCGCCAAGAAGGAUGGCGACGGUUCUCCGCCUGAAAAGACUAGUGAGCAGAAUGAGAGCGAGGAAGACGAGCCCGAGGAGGAGGAGGCUCCCAAGCCAAGCACCCGAGUCUCCACGCCCAAGGACGAGCUCGAGGACGACAAGGCGAGCGUUGGCGCAGAGUCCGUUCCUAGCUCCGAGGAGGCCGGGGACGGGAAGUCCGACACCGAGAGCGUCCGAAAGAAGACCCCCUCGCCCGUACUCACCGGGAAGCUGGGCCGCCUGAGCCCCACCGGCAGCGAGUCCACGCCCGUGCUCGAGUCCGCCAGCUGCGCCUCCAUCACCGACCUGGCCAGCGCGACCGAGUCCAUGCGCGACUCCGACACCGACAACCACUCGGACGCGCACAACGUGACGGCCAACCUGUCGGACUUGGACAACGACCUGCACGAGACGCAGCCCAAGAUGCGCGCCCCGCCCCAGUACGCCGUCGGGGCGCUGCCCAUCGUCAUAGAGAAGCCCACUUUCGGCUGGCAGUCCAUGGUCGGCCUCGACACCGCGAAGGACGCCCUCAAGAACCUGUUCCUGAGCGAGGCGUUCCCCGAGGUGUUCGAGGGCACGCAGGGCACGUGCAAGGGCGUGCUGCUGUUCGGGCCGUCGGGCUCCGGCAAGACGUGUCUCGCACGGGCGCUCGCCAAGGAGACCAACGAUGCCAUCCUGAUCGGCAUCUCCACCGCGUACUUGGCGUCGCAGGCGCCCCUGGAGGCCCCGAAGAUCGUGCGGUACCUGUUCGACCACGCGCGUAUGCACACGCCCGCAGUCAUCCUGUUCGACGAGGUGGACGCGCUCUGCUACGACAGGUCCAGCCAGACCGCACUCCGGGCGAAGGCCGAGCUUCUGGCCCAAAUUAGAGGCUUGACGACGCUGAACCCGCCUUACCCGGCUGGCAUCGACCCGUCCACCUUCAACGACGGCCUCAUGGUCCUGGGCACCACCAACCAGCCGUGGCUCCUGGAGGAAGACCUCAGAAGGAUCUUCACUUACAACAUCCACGUCAAGCUCCCCAACGAGAAGGCGAGGGAGGAGCUCCUAAGAAUGUUCCUGCAGAAUCUUCCACAUAAUAUUAACGACGACCAGUUCAAGUGCCUUGUAGCGAAAAGCGAAGGGUAUUCGGCGGCCGACGUCAACACUGUGAUCAGACAAGUAGCGCAUAUGCCUCCCAGUGAACCAAACAAAUACAUACAAAACACACAUCGGGUCAUUACCUAUGAUGACCUGGCAACUGUGAUGACUGAUUACAGAUGUAGAUUUACAGAGGAAGUGUCUGUGAAGUACCAGAGGUAUAUCAAAGCCGCAACGCACAGAUCAGAAGAGCGGCGGGAAGACAGUAAAAAGGAUGGAAAGAAGGAGCCAAAGGGUGUGAAGAGGUUCGGUCAGCGGAUCGCAAAAUCCCUCGCUGCUGCGCUCGUCGCUGUGAUAGAUUAAACCGUUUUCGUCUAGAUUUUAGUGAAAAGACAGACCCUGGCGGCGGGGCACAGUGCCGAGGCUGCUGCGCCUUCGUCGACGUCCUGCCAGCCGGGGCCGAGGUCUCUGAGGAGGUCGUAGGGAUGUUGUAAUUAGCUCUGUACAGUCUAUCUGUGAUGAACCAUUGUUUUUUUAUUAAUUGGACCUCCUUUGGCCAUGGCGCCGGCUGGGUCUCUUGAGAAAGAGAGAGAGAGAGAGAGAGAAUGAGAGAGAAAAAAGAGAGCGAGAGAGAGAAGAGGAGAGGGAGACGACGCUACGUCGUGUCCCUCCCUCCCAUCCCCUCCUCCUCCUCCUCCUCCUCCUCCAUCUCCUCCUCCUGCUCCUCCUACUUCUCCUGCUCCAGCUCCUCCCUUCACGACCCAAAGAAAGAGGGACGUGAAGAGGGAGAAAGAGAGAGAGAGAGAGAGAGAGAGAGAGAGAGAAAGAGGAGGAAAAAGAAUGGGGAAAAAAGGCAAAACGCAGCCGUGCCCCAGCCAAGGUCGGAAGAACAUUUAGUCACUCGAGUCAUUUCUUGAUCCCCACCAUCUACAAGCAAACUCCGCCCGCCCGCCCGCCCGCUCGCACGCCCGCCCGCCCGCUCGUACGCCCGCACAUUGACCGCCCUCUCCCUCCCUCCCUCCCGCCCGCCCGCCCGCCAAGUUGCCUACGCCCACCAGCGCCUCCCGGAAGCCCCCAGACGCCCGAACUCCCCAGCAGCCGAGGGAGAGAAGAGAGGUACUUGUGAUAACCUCACGCGAAGAAGAAUAAGAAGAAAGAGAAGAGAGAGAGAGAGAAAAAAAAAAAAGUGAUAACACAGUGUGUGUGUGAAGUGAACUGUGGAAAAGAAAAGAAAAGAAGAAAAAAAACUUGACGAAUGGAAAGAAAAACAAGGGGGAAAAAAAAAAUGUAGUGAUGUGAACUUCAAUCUUCUGCGCUUCCCUCGAAUGGUGUUUUGUGUACUGGAGACUCUGUGUUUUGCGCCCCAGUUGCAAAUGUACUGCUUUGACGAGACCGCCUGGUGGUUGGGUGUCCCGAUGAAUGGUGAAAGGAAAAAGUGCAAGAAAAGGAGGAGGAGGAAGAGGAGGAGGAAGGGAGAAGGGGCCAAGGAGAAUAGGAAGAAACGUGUGAAUGCUAUAUAUUAUAUAACGUAGACAUAUUAUGCAAUAUAUGUAUGCUAUAUAAUAUAUAAUAAAUAUAUGUUGGUUCCAGGCGGCUCGGAGCAAGGGAUGCUUUGAAUACUGUCACAUGCUUGUGGAAUGAGUAUAUGAAGGGUGCUUCUUAACAGCAAUCAUUAUAUAUAUGUAUAUGUAUAUAUAUAUAUAUAUAUAUAUAUAUAUAUAUAUAUAUAUAUAUAUAUAAUUUCAUGAUUGCCCCCCCCCCCUCCCUACUUUUUUAAUAUAUUUGUCGAGGCUGCUAGGUAGUUUCCGUACAGUUUGGGAAGUACAUGGAAUAGUGUUGCAUAAACCCAGAAUCUGCAAUAUUUGCAAUAUGUGAAGGUGUUGGGGAUAAGACUAAGAUUGCCUGCUCUUUUUUAUAUGUUGUACAAAUCUUCUUUUGUUAGAAUAUUGAAUCGAUUUUCUCGCCUUAGUCACGUGAUCUCAAAAAGUACGUAUGCAAUAACCUCCCAUUAUAUAAGAUAGGUAAAAAAAAAAUGUGCUUGUUUGUUUUUAUUAUUUUUUUUAUUAUAUAUAGUGAUUGAAAGUGAUGAUCAUACAUUUUAUUGCAUUAUUGUUGUUGUUACAGUUGACUUGGAAACAAAAUCACGCAAAAAAGACAUGAUUGAAAGUAAAAACAAAAUUUGCAAGUGGAGUGACUCAAGGUGACGCAUUUUUCCAAAAAAAAGUGCAUAUAUAUUCAGAUUUUUUUUCUCUUGUAGUAGACGCACAUGUCGGCAAGGAAAAUAGUUAAUGAUAAUGGGCAUGCUCCUAGUUUUUUAUAGUUUUGUUUUUCUUUUUCUUUUUUGGAAGCCGCGGGUGAGGAAUGUAUCUUUUUUUGUGGCAUUGUUAAGACCGGAUACGUUAUCAGUGGGUAUCAGUGGCCGAUAGUCUAGUGUCUUAAUUUUUCUGUUGGCUCUUUUUUUUAUAAAUUUAGCUAGACCGUUCCCCCCCCCCCCCCCUUGUCUAUUCCGACGUAUCCGUCUGAAGUUCGGUUGGAUAUGAGAUAUCUCCAUAUUGGCAUUAUAAGACACGUCCCUUGAUCUCUUUAUUUUUUCUUUUAUUUUUCUUUAAAGCUGUUAUUGAAGAUCUCAUCAAAGGCCACUGAAAUAUUCCCCGAAUAAAUAGAUCCGCGUCCAACGAAAGACAAUAGAUUUCCCCCCCCCCUCUUCCUCCACCCCAGGCGCCCUCCCCCCCCUCCCCCAACUGUGUUAGCGAAAGCCCUUUAGACUUUUAUUUUUUAAGAUUUAUUUUUUACUUUCAAAAAGACACUUGCCUCCUAAGUGGUCGCGUUGUCACUUAGUCUUCCACUUUAAAUGGCUUCCACAAUGUUUUAGAAGUUCUAUAUAUCUAUAUUUAAAGAAAAUGUUUAUGUAGUUUUUUUUUCUUAUGGAUAGCGGUGGUGCUGGUCGUUGUAUCCGGUGGCCACUUAGGCAGAGAGGCAAGCCGUUAUUGUAUUAUUUUUUGCGCUUCAGGUCAACCGAACAAAGUGAAAAACCGAUGAAAUGAACAUCACUUUUUUUUUUAUAUCAAUUUCAUGUCUUUAAAUGGUUAGUCCCCCCCCCUCCCUUCUCCUCCCCCUCCCCCUCCUCCUCCUUCCCUCUUAUCCUUCUUCCUCCUUCCUUACCUCCCUUCCCCUACCCCCCCCCCCUUCCUCUCCUGUUCCAUUUUCUACCUUUUUUUUUAAAUUAGUUUUGUUGCAUAUAUUUUUAUUUAUAUAUUAUAUUUAUUUAUUUUAUUUUUGUUCAAUGGCGAAGGUAAUCCUGAAGUAAUGUUAAAUGUGUCUCUUUCUUAUCAUUGUGAUUAUUAUUUAUUAUUAUUAUUAUUAUUAUUAUUAUUAUUAUUAUUAUUAUAUUAUUACAGGUUUAUGGUGCUUAUCCUGGGCUAGGGUGGUGGAAUUCAAAUGCUUAUAUUGCUUUAAUUGUAUACAUGUUAUAGGAAUUUUUUUUGUUUUUUGUUUUUGUUUUUGGGUCACGUCUUUUAUAUAUAUAUACAUAUAUAUUUUUUGUAUGGUUCAUGUAUUCAAUUUUGUAUGUAAGAUUCUUAGUGGGGUGUCUAUUUUUGGCAAGGGAGUUUUUUGUAAUUUUAUUUGUCACAUACGACUUCUUUAGUGUCCAUAUAUUUACCCUUUUUUUUUUUUUUUUUUUUUUUUUUUAUUUGUUUGUUUAUGCUCCUGCUGUUUGGCUUGAACUUAAGGAAUCCUUUGGACUUGAGUAGUGAGCCAAGUCCUUGUGGAAUUCUUUCACGUCUGGCCAGUGGGUGAGCACCUGACCUGCCUGCUUCUGUAAAAAAAAAAAAAAAAUUAACGAGAACAACAACAACAACAACAACAACAACAAAAAUAA